GCAAGCUGUGAAGACGCUGGUAAUGAAGUAUCCUUUCCUCAAGGAUUGUGAGGGAAAUGGUUAUGGACCAUGCAUCCAAGGAGAGGAUUUAUUAUCCAUAGACGCCCACUUAAAGGUCUUACAGUGCCAAUAUCAGAAGAUGCAACCAGAUACCAUGGUGGUUCAUAACCGUAUGCAGCAAACGUUUGCUUGGCGGCAAAAAGAAAUUGCAGAUGGUAUGCCUGUGGAGGAUGUGUUGAAGAAGUACCCCUUCUUAGGGAUGCCUACUGGUCUGUGCAACGAACUCGGGUGGAUCCAACCAACAACGGGUAAUGUAAGCCAGCGAUUUCGUGAAGGGCUCUCAUGUGUUGCAGCAAAGGUGAUUGACCUUACACGAGGGAAAACCCCACUGUACCAGCUCUACCUUGAUGCAAGAGAGGAGGCUCUCACUGAUGACCUACCAGAUCUUGACACAAGGGCUGCACUUUUAUUCCUGCCAUACGUCUUCAAGGAGAAACUGGAUCUCUUUGUCAUACUUGGAGAGGUUCAUCCUAAAACCCCCUAUCCAACUGUUCAGCUACUUCAUGAAGACUGGAAACCAGUGUUCUCCAGAAGCGCUCCAAACAUUGUGAAGUUGGAUGGCAGUGAAGUGUGCAGAACCUCGUGUAUUUUUGAAGGAAUCAUCUCUUCUUUCUGCUUGUAUUUUGUCUUCAACCUUGCUUACCCAAAACAUCUGAAGAACACCCUGAUUUUUCUCCAAAAGUACAUUGUGAAAAUAGAUGAGGGUGAGGACCGGCCUCUGCCAAUCACAGUCACCAGACAAAUAAAUCUUCUGUAUUGACCACCAUGCCUCAGCCAUAUCAGUGCUCCAAAUGUGGCAGAAGAACCUUUAGUUUGACAAAGCUUAUUCAGCACAUAGGACUUAUUCAUUCCCAUGACGCCAAUUUUGAUAUAACUUGUGGACUCAGUGACUGCUGUUCUUCCUUCAAAAAAUAUGAAUCUUUCAGACGACAUGUGUAUAGGAAACACAGAGAACAGGUGUUGUGUCCCCAUAAAGACUUAGAUGAAAAUGAGCAGGAGGUAGUCAGUCCACACCCAAAUGAAUUUGCAAAUGACAUAACUGAAAAUAUUGAAACCCCUCCAUCCUGGGAUGAAUUUUUGAUAAAUUUCAGAGACAGUCUUUUCAAGUUCAUUCUUAAGUGCAGAGAGAAAAAUUCUUUACCAGUCUCUGUUCAGGAAGAAAUUGUGGAAGACGUAAAUUUUCUGAUGUGUUUUUUCAAGGAGAACUACGAUGCUUUUAUAGCAUAUCAUUUAGAGAAAAUGGGUCUUGACGUGUCUUUGUGUCCAGAGCUUAAAAAUGUCCUGCAUUCAAAUGAAUUUUUUGAGAAGGCUUCAACAGCUAUUCGAUCUCCUUAUUUGGUCAAAGAACAUUGCAAAUCAAAGCUCAACAUGACAGAGCCUGUUCAUUGCAAAUUAAGAGACUCUGUGGGUCAUACAGUUGGCUCGUAUUCAUAUGUGCCUGUUGAUAAGGUGCUAAAAAAUUAUCUUUCUCAUGAAGAUAUACAAGAUCACAUUUUUUCAAGUGGCAAUUCGGAAACUGAUGAAUUUCUAACAGAUUACUCUGAUGGAGAAAUCUUCAGACAUCAUCAAUUCUUCAAGGAUAACCCAAAUGCACUGCGACUCCAUUUUUAUGAGGAUGAAUUUGAAGUACUUAAUCCCCUAGGAUCUAAACGAUCCAAACACAAACUUAGUGCAUUUUAUUACACUGUAGGCAAUUUGGACAAAAGGUACACUUCUCAGCAGAGACACAUUCAUCUAGCGUUAUUGGUACGCUAUUCUUUCGUUAAGCGGUGUGGUUGGCAUGUUAUCCUUAAACCUUUGCUUGAUGAUUUGGAAAAACUUUCCACUGAUGGCUUUACUUUUACCAUUGAUGAAACUGAACACACUAUUCAUGCUGCUCUUGCAACUUUAUCUUGUGAUAAUUUAUCAGCUCACAUGAUUGGUGGUUUUUCUAUGUCAUUUAACACUGGUAGAAUUUGUCGGUAUUGCAUGGCUUCUUAUGAAGAUAUGAAACAAUCCUUUGAGGAAGAAAGCUUUGUUUUAAGAACAUCAGAGGUUCACCAGUAUCAUCUUGCACGAAUCCAAGAAUUUCCGGAUGAUAAAACAAUAUAUGGUGUAAAUAGUUCAUGUCCUUUUGACAGACUGAGUUAUUUCAGUGUUACGCAAGCUUUACCACCUGAUGUAAUGCAUGAUCUGUUGGAAGGUGUAGUUCCUCUAGUUAUGAAACUAGUGAUUUGUAAAGCCCACACUGAGAAGCAUAUUACAAUUAGAGAGAUCAAUGAAGAAUUGCAAAAAAUUCCCAUUGGUCAGAAUGACAAAACAAACAAACCAGUACAGUUAUCAGAGAGACUUCAGAGUGUUGGUAUUGUUGGAUCAGCAUCUCAAAAGUGGUGCCUGUUCAGAUUGCUGCCAUUUCUGAUGGCAGACCGUGUGCCACCUAAUUGUAAAUAUUGGCAUGUUUUUCUUCUAUGUCGUGAAAUAACAGAGAUUGUAAUGGCUAAAAAAGUGCGAAAAGAGAAUAUUUUAUUGUUGAAGUUGCUUGUCCAUGAGUUUCUCACAAAACUGAAAAGUGUAUUUGGGGAUGUAAUUACACCAAAGUGUCAUUAUUUAAUCCACUAUGCAAGACUGAUUGAAAUGUUCGGCCCUCUACGUUUGUUAUGGUGUAUGAGAUUUGAAAGUAAGCACCAGUAUUUCAAAACGUUGUCCCGCAAUUGUAGAAAUUUUAUGAACAUUGCUACAACUUUGAGCAACAGACAUCAGUUCAGACAGUGCUGGGAGUUUUCUAACAAAAGUUUACUUGGUGAAUUUGAAAAUGUUUUUGGAAAAAGUGUGACUACACCAUUUUUGUCAUUACCACUGGAACUGCAACAAGCACUGACAGUCUAUUGUGGCUUUUCUGAAGUUGAUAGUGCUAAGAAAGCUUUCCAGCGUGUGUCAGAAGUAAUUGUGAACAGUGUCAAAUACUGUGUAAGAGAUGUGUUUGUCAUUGAUGUACUGCAUUCAGAGAAGAUUCCUCUGUUCUGGCAAAUUAAGUACAUAUUUAAUAUUGACACAAUGUGGAUCUUUUGUGGAAAAAUUCUCAUUCCUCUGUUAUAUGACAACCAUUUUCAUUCAUACAGUGUUAGAGUUGAUAGUGAAUGGACGUUGCUAAAACCUGGACAGGAAAUUGAUGUUGCAGCUUAUGACACAUACUCUGUUGAUAACAGUUUGUAUGUAACAGUUAAGCAAUGUAUUUAAGAAGGUAAUAAAUGUGACAAGUAUUUUUGA